CAGUGCCCGCGGGCCGCUGCCGCGGGAGUGGAGCGGAGAGCCGCGGCAUCCCUCCCUCCCGCAGCCAUGGCUGUGCCCCUGCGCCGCCGGCUGCCGCUGCUCCCGCUGCUCCUGCUGGCGGCCGGCGGGCUGCGGGCGGCGGAGCGGAGCGGCCGCAGCAGCAGCGCCAUGGAGGAGCUCGCCACCGAGAAGGAGGCGGAGGAGAGCCACCGGCAGGACAGCGUGAGCUUGCUCACCUUCAUUCUGCUGCUCACCCUCACCAUCCUCACCAUCUGGCUCUUCAAGCACCGCCGCGUCCGCUUCCUCCACGAGACCGGCCUGGCCAUGAUCUACGGACUCAUAGUUGGGGUGAUCUUGAGGUACGGGACUCCCUCCAGCAGCGGCCAUGACAAGCCGUUCAGCUGCUCGCAGGAGGACAGGCCGUUCACAACCCUGCUGGUCAACGUCAGCGGGAAGUUCUUUGAGUACACACUCAAAGGGGAAAUAAGCCCUGGGAAGAUCCACAACGUGGAGCAAAAUGACAUGUUGAGAAAGGUAACAUUUGACCCAGAAGUUUUUUUCAACAUUCUGUUGCCUCCAAUUAUUUUUCAUGCUGGUUAUAGCCUAAAGAAAAGACACUUUUUCAGGAAUUUGGGGUCCAUUUUGGCUUACGCCUUUUUAGGAACAGCAGUCUCUUGUUUUAUUAUUGGGAAUCUUAUGUAUGGGGUUGUGAAACUAAUGAAGUUGGUGGGUCAGCUCUCUGAUAAAUUCUACUAUACAGACUGCCUCCUCUUUGGAGCGAUAAUAUCUGCCACUGAUCCAGUUACCGUGCUAGCAAUAUUUAAUGAGCUGCAUGCUGAUGUUGAUCUCUAUGCCCUUCUGUUUGGGGAGAGCGUGUUGAAUGACGCUGUUGCCAUUGUAUUAUCUUCAUCUAUAGUUGCCUACCAGCCAACAGGUGAAAAUACUCAUGCUUUUGAUGCAGCAGCGUUUUUCAAGUCCGUUGGUGUUUUCCUGGGAAUAUUCAGUGGUUCUUUCAUGAUGGGAGCAGUGACAGGGGUUGUGACAGCUCUGAUAUCGAAGUUUACCAAGUUGCACUGCUUCCCCCUGCUGGAAACGGCACUCUUCUUCUUGAUGUCCUGGAGCACUUUCUUGCUUGCAGAAGCUUGUGGAUUUACUGGUGUGGUGGCUGUCCUCUUCUGCGGAAUUACCCAGGCACAUUAUACAUACAAUAACUUGUCAGUUGAAUCGAGAAGUCGCACUAAGCAGCUCUUCGAGGUAUUGCACUUCCUGGCUGAGAACUUCAUAUUUUCUUACAUGGGUUUAGCACUGUUUACUUUCCAGAAACACAUAUUCAGCCCAGUUUUCAUUAUUGGAGCUUUUAUUGCAAUCUUUUUGGGAAGAGCUGCACACAUCUACCCUCUCUCCUUUUUGCUGAAUUUGGGCAGAAGGCAUAAGAUCAGCUGGAGCUUUCAGCACAUGAUGAUGUUCUCAGGUCUCAGGGGAGCCAUGGCAUUUGCUCUGGCUAUACGAGAUACUGCUACCUACUCACAUCAAAUGAUGUUCUCAACAACUCUCCUCAUCGUCUUUUUCACUGUGUGGAUUGUGGGUGGAGGUACAACUCCCAUGCUGUCAUGGCUGAACAUCAGAGUUGGUGACCAUGUUCCAUCGGUGGAAGAGAUGAGUGAAAGCCGCUGGCUGUAUUUCAGGGUUGGGGUUGACCCAGAUCAGGAUCCUCCACCUACUAAUGACAGCUUUCAAGUCUUACAAGGAGAUGGCCCAGAUUCUGCAAGAAGGAACAGGACAAAGCAGGAAAGUGCUUGGCUCUUCAGGCUAUGGUAUAGCUUUGACCAUAAUUAUUUAAAGCCAAUUCUCACUCACAGUGGCCCUCCAUUGACCACAACUCUACCCAGCUGGUGUGGCCUGAUAGCCCGCUGUCUGACAAGUCCCCAGGUUUAUGAUAAUCAGGAACAGCUUAGAGAAGAGGAUUCUGAUUUUAUUCUGAAUGAUGGUGACCUUACUGUGACAUAUGGUGAUACAACAAUAACUGCAAAUGGUUCAUCUGGCCCCCAUACAGCUACCACUAGCCUUGAUGGCAGGAGAACAAAAAGUAGUUCAGAGGAAGCAUUGGAACGUGAUUUGGGAGCAGCAGAUCAUGAAGUUACAAGCAGGGGUACCCGGCUAGUAUUUCCUCUGGAAUACAAUGCAUGAUUACUGACUCAGUAAAAAUAACUCUUGCUCUCUGAAUGGAUCAAGGAAGACUGCAGGCCACUGUGUCACUUGAGGUGGGGAAGUUUAUUCAAACAAGUUAACAUGCGUAAGUGGUUUUACAAGGGUCUGAAGAUGUCACCUGUUUUUCACUCAAGAUGCUGACAGUGGGGUUUUCUAAAUGUCUGAAUAUAGACGAAUGAGAAAACUGGUCAUUCUCUUCUUUUCAACCACAUAUUGAAUCCAAGUAUAACUAGCAUGCUGCAAUUGUCUUGUUCAGCUGCAGCAGCUCUCUCUCUGAAGAGAGGUACAUGGAAAACAUUGUCACAGAACUGCGUUUGUCUUGACUUAGCUGGGGAAUGUGGAGGAAGAACUAUAAACUUGAUAAUCAUUAUGAGACAAAAAAGGAUGUGUGUUAUCUGAAUGUAGAGAGAUCCAUUGCUAACUUCUCUCCUGAGGCUGAGGAAGUGAAGUGGGACAGAAUACGAUAGGACUACAGAUGCAUGAAUGAAAGACUGAGGAAUCUGUUACUGCAAGCUGUACUUAAUAUAUUUCAGGGAAAAAAGGGGAAAGAAGAUUUUUUUGCUGGACAGCUGUUUAAAUAGGAAGGCAAUGAGAGCUAUUUGUCCCUUUAGCUUUGGGCAACUUGACUAUUACUAUUAACCUAACUUCUAGUGCCUCAAAUGAAAAACAUCCAGCUUCCUGUUAUCUAAGAUGCACCUGACCCAACAUAAGCCUGGAGCCAGGCUCUCUUGGAUAGCAGUCAUGAAGUAAAACUUUCUUUCCCUUAAGGAUUGUUGAAAACUUGGGCAGGGGAAAACAGCAGAUAGGAGGAGGAGGAAGAAAAAAAGAGAGAGAGGCAGUAUUGAACCUGCAUGGAACCAUGAGGUUUCAUAUUCCUCCGAAGAAUUCAUGGACUACUCUUACAGUUCUUGUGUGUGAUAAACAGCAAACAUCUAAUUAAACAGAAAAACAAAUACUACUGGCUUUACCAUUUGUGACUAUCCUAAAAAAAUGCUGUUUACUCUUGUUCUCUUUUGCAGAGUAGAUGUGAGACUUCAGUGGGGCAUUGCACAACAGCAUAUAAGCUACAGAAGUGAUGAACUGUACUAUCAUCUUAAAUGUGAAAAGGGAAAAAUCUCUGACUAGUAUUUAGCCCACUUACACGUAGGCUAGCUUUAACUUAUUGCUAAAUGCUUUUUAAUUUCCAGAUGAAGAGAUAAUAAUUGUCUUUGCCAAUAGCUGAAAAUGUAUGCUUUGAGGAGCAGUUCAGCUAUUUAAAGCAUGCUAAAAUGUGAUUUCAUUCUCAUGUCUCAAAAAGAUUUAUUUUUUUAAAGAGUUCUGUGGCCCACUAAUGUGAUGUAAUAUCAAUUUGUCCAAAAAGUGUGUUUUUCUUGCUGACAUUUCAGUUGUUCCUCUCAUAAAAUUGUGUGUGAGUAAAUACCCACUCUGUUUUUCCUUACGUAUUAAACUUAUUGGGCUAACCUCGGUACACGAAUUUACUGCUGCAGAGAAACAUUGUAGUCGUGUUGUCUGGUCUAUUUUCUUUCACAUAUGUCCUAUGAUGAGUGAUCUACCUCCUUGUCUGUCCCUCCAAGGUAAAUUUGUAAAGGGCAUUGAUCUGUAAUGACUGUCUCACAUUAUUAAGAAAAGAGACACAAGGAACCCAGAAGUCUUUUUGUGGAAAAACUAAGACUGAUGUAGUCUGAGCUCUGUUCUUAAAUGGUAAAGACUAACAAACACUGAAGAUCUCUGAGCAGAACAACUCCUGUUCAGGGGCUGCACAUGUUUUGCACAAAAACGUAAGUUCUCUUCACUUCCCUGGGACUACAGGCUGUUUAUUAGUCAAAGCUGGGGAGCUCUGAGCAGAUCCUGUGACUGCUAAGAGCGGUCCUAUAAACAGGAUUUUUCAGGGUGCUUUCUGUGGGAGGGGUUGAAGGCGCUGCUGACGCUGGCUCCAGGAGUAGCUCUGAUGCUCUGAUCUCCAGUUAUCAGAAAGGGGCAAUGCUAUGGCAAGUGUUGACGCUGUGUGUUACAUGUCUGCUAUGCAGUGUAAGCUGGCUUUUCUGAUAAAGCCUGAACAAGGGUGAAGUAUCAAAUACUUGGUACUUGACCAAGUCUAGCCCUACUCCAAGGAUGCAAGUUUUAUGGCCUAUGAAAAGACAAAAAAAAAUUUAUUUACUUUUAUACUGAAGGAAUUGCCUUUUGGGAAAGGACUGCAGGAAUUUUGACUGGAGGAGUGAAAAAAAAAAGGUUUUUUUGGCUGAACUUCCAAAGAGCUGAUCUGAAGUGAGUACAUAGCAAAGGUUGAAAUUAUGUCUACUAUUAACUAAAUGAUAGCUACUAUGUUUUAUUCCUCAGAGGAGGGAAAGACAUAAUAGGAAGUCUAGCAACUUUAGUAGCAUGAGGAGCUAUCUAUAGUCUUUAUAAUCAGAUUGGAAUGGAAAGCAUGGUCAUUCUUGUAUAAUUUCAAUUAAAAUCCAAUUGCAGUCUCUCUUCAGACAGCAUUGGUCAGAGGAGCGUCUUUCAGUCUGAUUCUGAACAGUAAAACCCUAGGAACUAAUAUGGUUCACAUGCCUUUCAAAGAAAGGUUCAGUGUUUCCUUUAACUCUGAAGCAGCUCAGUGGAAUAACAUGCUUGACCUCAGCUUUGGCAGACAUGGUCUCUGCUUCUGCACCAGUGUGGGAAUGGAAUUUGGAUACUCAGAAACCUCAGCUUCAUGUGCUGUUCUUUAACAUGUAGGGGGAAGACCUUUGUAGGGGAGAAACCAGAGAAGUUACAGAUGCAUCAGCUGGGAGUAUUCCUCUCCUUAAUUACUGAACUCAUGACCCACUGGAACUUAAAAGCAAGGGAAGACAAAUCAUGACCAGGAGGCACAGACCAUCCAGCAGAAGAGAAGCCAGUUAAUCCCCUGGACUGGCUGUGAACAAUCUUAGUCAUAAUCAGAAUUGCAGAAAGUAGGACUGAGCUGCUGAGUAGGUUAAAUACAUUCCUAAGAGAAAAACUUGUAGAUUAACAAAUUCAAAUGCCCUAUAUUGGAAAAUGCUCUUUGUAAGAAGCAGCCCAUGCAAACCUUUUUGCAGUGCAGGAGCAGGGUCUUACUUCCCAGGUUUGGGGAGGAGAGUUUAAUACAGUGCACUGAGAAACCACAGAUUGCUUCUUGGUGUGGAAUUUUUGGGAGUGCCCUUCUGAAAAAUAACUUCCAGUAGAAAUAAGCCUGCAAAGUGAAAGAGGAGGAAAGUGUGGGGGAAACAGUGAAUUACAAAGCCAGGAAAUGGCUUAAACAGGCAGCUUUACUGUGGGAACAGCAUUGUAAACAAUUCCUAUUCUUAAUCUCACAGUCCUAAAUGCUGAGACGUUAUGUAGGCUUUGCAUACUUUGUCCUAAAACAAGGGCAAUGGGACAAUGCAAAAGUAAUAAAACCACCCCAUCUUUAAUUGAUCAAAAACAAAGGCUUACACUGACUUGCUUCUAAUCCAGAGCAAGGAAAGUAACUUUGAACUUUUUUUUUUAAGGUAACUUCACAGCUACAAUGUUUUCUUGACUCUAAAAUGCCUUUAGUAGUUUUGAAAGCAGUUCUAGGGUAACGUUAGUGUGACAAAUGUGGAGGUGCCUUACAAAGCAUGCAUACAAACAAACAGGAUGUAAAUGCUUGGCGAAUCAUAUUUGAAUCUGUGUUGCAGAACUCAAAUGACAUAUCUUAGUUUUGUUACGAGUGACUUACAUAAGCUUUUACUAUGGAAAUUAAACAGUUGUGACAAAGUGAUUAAAUAUUAGAAUCAGUUCAGAUUUUCAGGAAAUAAAACUAUCUAUCUGAUUUGGCUGCUUCAUUCACUAUGUCUUUAUCUUCUGCUACUCUCUUGAUCGUAAUCUAUUUUGCACCACCCCAUAUGGACUUGCAGACCUCCAAAAUGCCAGUGGGUUUGAAGCUUCAUCUGGGGACUGAAUGUUAACUGGGAGAGCCAGCUACUGGAAUAGAAUUUCUAUUGGAAUGGAACACUUUAUUAGUUGCCUGCACUGUCUGUAUCAAGGAACUUGCUGGAAGAGAAGCCCUAGCUUUUUUAAUACCUGGCUAAGCUGCUGUGGAUAAAACCAAUGCCCUUCCCAGGUUCAUGUACAGUAGUACAGAUCCAGAAAGCGUUUAUAUUGGUGCAUGCAAAGGAACAACAAUCUUUGUCCUAGGAAAACUAAAAAUAUUUGGGUUAGUUCUAGCUUUUGUUAACCUAAUUUUUUUUCAUUUAAUUUUCUGAUGUCCCUAGUGUCCUGUGGGGUUUUUUUUUAACCCUUUGGAGCUUGAAAGCACCACGCAUAAACACAUUAGAUACAGAUUUUAUAAAAGAAGGGAGGCAGAAUAGGCAGACUUCACUUUUGUGCCUGAGCACAAUUUCAAAGCUAUGCUAACUUAUGCAAAUUUGAUUAAUUAAAUGGCAAUAAUUUGAAAUACUGCAAUUAAAGGUCGCUUUCCCACUUUUAAUUGGAAAAAAGUCCAGAUUUGUAUUCCCUCAGAGAAAGUGAAUACUCAGCUUAAAAGGGUUUUGCUGCAAUGUUAAAAUACUUAACUUCAGGCUAUGAGAAAUAAAUUGGAUUUAUUUUUUAACUAGUAGAGUCCCCUGAAGUUGUUAUUACAGAGGCAGGGAGAAGUAGGUCAUGCAGUUCUACGUUGUAAUAUAUUUAUGACUUUUGUUUCUAGAUUUUAGUUUAAUCAAGGAGCUUAUCAUCCACUGCCUGAUUCUGAAUUUCAGUCCUAAACUGCUUGGCUUGAAUGUCUUAAUGUUGACACAGAUUAAUACCAGAAAGCAGAAUACCAGGAGAGUCUUCUGGUUCGCAUCAGCCGAUCAGUAAUAGCUGUUGUGAAAUAACAGCUUCCAGCACAUGGGGUCACUUGAGGUAAGUUUGUCUGAUUUGAGUUUGGGAUAUCAGAAGUAAAGGAAGGGAGGUAGAAUGAUAGGAUCCAUAGCUGGUUUUGGUGGAGCAGGGAGACAGGCUGCUGUGGUUUUCCUUUGCAAUUAUAGGAUGGGUGCUACAUGUUUCCUUUUUAUUGUUUCUCAAAAUCAGAAGCAGCAUUUAAUCUGAUUUCUAUCAGUUUACCAUUCUCGUAGUUCUUGUCACCUAAGGUAUGACCAUACCAGUAAGGUUGCAGGAGGUGUCUUAAGGUUACUUCAAACAUAAAAACGCAACAGGUAUCCUAAGCAUAUCACACUGUCCUAAGACUGCUGUGGUAGAUGUCCAGAACUUUUGCAACUUCAGUUCCCUUGAGGCACUUAAAGCCUGCAUGGUAUGAGAGGUUCAAGUGUCCAAACGCUGUCAGGGAGGGCUGUAAUUAUAAAGCCUAAUCUGAGAGAUAAACACUGUUUCUUGUAUGCAAGAAAGUGGAUGCUACUACACCAAAUGUCUUUAACGAUGCUGAAGUAAUUACUGUAAGCAGAGGUUUCUAGAAGUGGACUAUAGUACUGUAUCCUUUGAUACAGCCUCUUUGUCAUGUUGACAGCUACAGCGACAACCGUCCUUCUGAUAUUUGCAGUUAAACUGGUGAGGAUUUAAGGAGAACAGCAACUCUCUGCAGUGCUAGGGUCUGGUUUCUUGGUCUUCAGCACACCAAUGGCUUGCAGGUGCUCUGAGCCCUAGUUUGGGCUCCUAACAAGGCUAAAUGGCAAGGGAUAGGGAAGACAGAAAAAAGCAAAAUCUUGUGAAAGCUCUCCAUGUUGUGGGGAUAGUAGUAAUGGAGGAUAGGGAAUAAACACUUGCUGGGCUUUCUGCCACUGACUGAUUUGUGUACAUACUCAGCUAAACAUUCUUUCUUGUGGAUAAGAUACUGCAGUAAUUUCAGCUUUGUUUGAGCCUCCUGACUGAGGCUUCAUCCAAGCAUCCCUUUCUCAAGAGAAGAAAUGUUAGUGCUGUUUGGAACCCCUGCUCUAUCAACAAGUUUCAGGUGUUACUGUUACAGGUCAGAAGUAUUUCAUCUUUCCAUUUCUUCUUAGUACUCCCUUACUUCCCCCCUAGACCUUGGGAAGUAGCAGGUACAAGGUGGUGGUAGCUUUUGUGGAGUUAAUUGUUUCACACUGAGUUUUACUGUUGGCUGCACUGGAAGAAAUUAUCAUAGUUGUCACCUAUAGUCAAGUCAGAAAUAUGUAAUCUCUUCUUAUUUGAUUAAUAUUAGUGCAAAAUUUGCUGUGGCUUGACACACAGCUAUAAACUUUGUAUUUUAUCUCAAAAGUGAAAAGGGCUGAUACUGUCAGACCUUUCUUCAAGGCAAAGCUAGCAACUCAGCCCUCUUCUCACUGUACAGAAUAGAUUUGACAUUUUCAUCCUUAAAAUCUAAUGAAUUAUUCCCACCUUGGAGCAUCCAACAGUUGCUUCAAUACCCUUUUAUUGUCAGAAGGUCUGGAAGCUACAACUAAAAUUGAACAUUUUUGGGUGGAGAAAUAAAAUUAUUUCAUCUGGGUAGAGGAGAUGGCAAAGGAAGAUCUGAUGCAGUUUUGUAAAAUAAAAAAGCAAGUAACAAAACUGAUUGUUCAAAAGCAUAUCAACAGGUUCAAAAGUCAGCACUUCCAAUACCACCAGUUGCACCAACAGCCGUUCAACACAGUCCAAACCCAAACCUGACCUCUGACAAAGGCAUUCCCUGAACAACUGAGGCCUGCUAGCCUGAGUCAGGUACCACUUCUGCAAGGUUUGUCCCCUCGUACACAUGCAGGGAGCUAGUCUGAGUUUUGCAAUAAAACAGAUGAAAGCUGGAAACAGACACCUUGUGUUAACUCCUUUCUGCUGUACCUGCACAGACCCUGGGCUGAGAGGCUGGUACAGAAGCUGCUUGCUGGUGCUGCCCAAAGCAGCAAUGCGUGCGUGGCUUUGCCACUCCUCUGAGAGGAUGUGAGGUGAAGCUUAGGCAGAGUGCCAGUUCCAGUGCAAGAUACCAGAGGACAGUCUUAUUUGUCUUGCGUUACCUUACCAUGUAUUUUACACCAAAACCUCACUAAUGGUGUACAAAUUAAGGAAUUUUUUACUGUAGCAACCAGUAAACACUGGGGUUAUUUUUCAAUUUAAUGAAAACAGGAACUUACACCUCAGGAUAAAUAUUUCCCUUGUGCCUUGCACUUUUACCGUAGGAACAAUGAAGAAAUGAGUACUCCUUGGUAGCUUAUGGAAUUAUUGGCAAGACUUCUACUCACAGUGUGACCUUCUCUGAGCAGGAACAGUCCUCCUCUUCUCAGUGAUGCAAUCAGAGGGCUUUGCUGUGCUUCACAUGGAGUAACUCACUUCUAUAAUUUCUGGUGGCAGUACAAUUCACAGAGUCAGCAAAUCUGAACAUGAAAUAUUGCAGUUCCAGUUAAAGGAUGUGAAACCCAUCUUAUGCUGUUCUUGUUGUCUCAUUUCUGUAUGAAUAGUUGGAAGCAGUGUCUCUAGUCAUUAAGAGUUGUUGCAUUUUGACUGUACUUUUCCAUUCUCGUCAACCAUAAGUGUUUUAAUGAGAGUGAAUUUGUGUAAGGAACUAGAUCUUGAUCCUUUCCAGGCAAAAAGUUUGGCUGAAGGGCAUGGAUGCUCCAUAUUUGGUAGUAUGAUUUUAGUUGUUUGCCAUCAUACUGUACGUGCAAAGCAUGCACAUGCUGAUGAGGCAGCACAGGUACCUCUGACUGCUUUCAGGGAGAGCAAACUGCCACCUGCUCUGAAGUUCAUCCUCUGGUCAAGAAGGGAAGCUCUGCAGUGAGCCUGAAAGUGAGAGGCAUAUUGGGCUCUACUGUAAUAAGUAGGUUUUAGAAUCUGUAAGCUUGUAAUCAGGUGAGUUACGAAAUUCGGAACUGUUAUUUAACGAGAAAGGGACUCUUCUUCAACAUUACCAACUGUUAUCCUGGAAAACUGAGAUCUACAAAAAUUAUAGUUAUUUCCUGUCUCAACUACAGAGCCCCUUUGUUCAGGAAGCCCAAGAACUGGUGCUUUUAACGCUACUUGCUUUCAAUGGUUUUGUUUUUCUGUUGUCCAAUCCAAGUAAAUCAUUUUUCUUUUGUUUUUGCAAUAUGUUUUCCUCAAAUAUGUAGGACCUACCUUCUAAAAAUAAAACUUUUUAAGGGUGGUCAGUAAAUUUUCAGUAUGCUAAUAUCAGCUGAAUAUUUGAACUGGAUCAAACAAGGGAGGAGUGGAAAUAAUGAAAGGAGAUGGUGACCAGAAUUAAAUUCUGCUUGAAGAGCUACAGACCUUCUGCACACUGACUUCCUUUGCCCCUGUGUAUUCUUAAAUAUUAUCAAUAAAGGAUGUUUAUCAAUCUGA